UCAUGCUGAUUCACUCUUGCUUCUCAAAUCAAAAAAGGUGAGGCGGCCAUCUGCCUCCACCACCUCAAGUUCUUUGUACAAAUUUUGUUUUUGCUUUUCGUUUUUAGGGUCUUCUGUAAUUGUAAGAUUAGUGUUAGGAUUCUGGGUCAAUCAAUUGAUGGCUUCUGCAUCGAAGAAGGAGAUCGAUCGGAUCAAGGGACCAUGGAGUCCUGAAGAGGACGAGUUGUUACGGAGACUGGUUCAGAACUACGGACCAAGAAGCUGGUCACUGAUAAGCAAAUCGAUUCCUGGUCGAUCCGGUAAGUCAUGUCGGCUGCGGUGGUGCAACCAGCUCUCGCCUGAGGUAGAGCACCGGCCUUUCACUCCGGAAGAGGACGAGACCAUCAUCAGAGCCCAUGCUCGUUUCGGCAACAAAUGGGCUACAAUCGCCCGCCUCCUCAAUGGCCGCACAGAUAACGCUAUCAAGAACCACUGGAACUCCACCUUGAAGCGCAAAUGCUCCUCUCUCUCUGAGGACCUAACUGACGACUCGCAUCCAAACCAGCCACCUCUCAAGAGAUCCGCCAGUGUGGGUGCGGGCACAAUAAUAUCGGCUCUGAACUUGAACCCGGGUAGCCCAUCCGGAUCCGAGUUGAGUGAUUCCAGUUUGCCUGGUAUCUCAUCGUCACCCGUGUACAGACCUCUGGCAAGAACCGGCUCGUUCGUUCCCAUGGAAUCGUCGUCCUCUAUAACUGAUCCGCCUACCUCGCUGAGCCUCUCGCUACCGGGAUCUGAUUCGUUUGUAACCGAGGUUACCAACCACACACUCGGGUCAGGAUCCAUUCAUGGUGCGAGCGUAGCGGGAGCGCCUGUACCAUCGUAUAAAGAGGUGGGUGCUGCACAAGCACAGAGUAAGCAAAACAAUGAGUCAGGGUUCGAGAAGCAGUUCUUCAAUGAUGAGUUCUUGGCAGUUAUGCAAGAGAUGAUAAGGAAGGAAGUAAGGAACUUCUUUUCUGGGGUUGAUCAGAACGGUCUUUGUAUGCCAAAUGAUGCUAUUAGUAUCGGGAAUGAGGUGUUCAAGAGGAUUGGAAUUAGCAAGAUCGAUUAGGUAGUCAAUAGUGAAUCUUGUUAAUGCAACUGGGUCGGACUUAAAUGGGAUCGGAGGAGGAGGAGGAGGAGGAGGACUGGAGGAGAAGUAAAAGAUAAAAUUUGCUCUGUUUUUUCUCGUAAUUUUUUAAAUUUCGUUAAUCGUUUGUUAUAGAGUAAUAAUUUUAAUGGGUGUACAGAGGAAUGAACUGGGGAAUGAAGAAGAGGGUUUUUGUUCGAGAGAUGUAAACAAAUUUUUGUUGUGAAACAUGAAAAAAUAAAAAAAAAAUAAAAGAAGAAACUUUGUUGUAUGGACUGAUUUUUGGCAUGGACAAUGAUACCAAGCAGUUGAAGUGAAUGAUAAUCAUGUUAGG